AUGGGUGUUUUUGAAGAAGCAAAAAUUCGCCUCUCGGACAUUCAGAAACGAAUCAUGCGAGUACGAGACGCUGGAGAUGCGCUAAACAAGAUACCGGUCACCAGGUCGGACAAAACCAAGUUUCGAAUGAUGUAUGCCACCGUUCCGCGGAUUAAGGAGGAAUUCGAGGAACAGCUGUCGGUUGUAAUAAAACAACUCGGGAAACCGGAAAAAGACCAAAAGUCCGAAGUAGAUAUCACUUCACCUGAGGACAUUCGUGAUAAGUUUGACGAAGUGUAUUUUGAAGUGAUGAUUGCGGCAGAUGAGCAUAUACCAGUUUUACUUCAACAUCCGAAUGCCGACGAAACCUUUAUCAGUACAUCUCAAAAUCGAGAUAGACGCGAUGUGAUACCACUGGAAAAGCUAUCAAUACCGAGGUUUGGAGGAGAUCCGAAGCAAUUUACCAGUUUUAGAAAUUUGUUUGACAUUGCGGUACACAACAAUACUAACCUGCCACCUGUUCUUAAGUUCAGCUAUUUAAAAAGUUACCUGGAAGGCGAGCCGUUAGCGCUUAUAUCCAAUUUGAUGCUAAGUGACGAUAACUACACUCUAGCGCUAACAGUUUUGGACAAACGCUAUGCAAACCGUCGGAUAAUUGCACAGAGUCACUUGAACCAACUUUGGACGAUGCCAAAAGCAAUGUUCGGUGAUGCUAAAUCUAUCCGCCAGAUGCUGAACACGAUCACGGAGUCGGUUGGAGCGCUCGCAAACCAAAAUUACUCCGUGGAUCAAUGGGACCCAAUCUUGCUACAUUUAUUUGAAUUAAAGUUGGACUCUCAACUUCGUGCUCAAUGGGAAUUAAUAGUAGAUACCGCGGAUGAUCCAAGUAUGAACAACUUUACCAUGUUCUUAUCAAAAUUUUGCAAUGCUGCUAUCGCUGGCCAAUCUGGCAAAGAACAGGAAAAACCAAAUAAAAAACCAUAUGGGAAAACUGUCACGUUGCAUGCCGGAAAGCCAGACUCACGUGAGAAUAGAAGGCAAUUCACCUGUCAGGUCUGCAAUACAACACCUGGUCACCUGUUGAUUGCUUGCACGGUAUUCAAAGAGAAAACACCAAAGGAUCGGUACCAAAUAAUUAAAGACCUUAGGCGUUGUUUCUUGUGUUUUAGCGAGCACCCAGUGAGUCAGUGUAAACACACCCGAGUAUGUUUGAAAUGCAAGGGGCGACAUCAUUCCCUAUUACAUUUCGAAAAUACCUCAGACGCUCAACCAACGACCAUAGUGAAUACCACGGAACCCCAACCCACUACCACCGUGAACAGUAUGUUUUCAUACGACAAGAGGGUCAACUCCUGUGUACUUAUGUCUACGAUGGCUGUAUUAGUACAGGAUAGUAGUGGACAAUAUCAAGAGGCGCGAGCGCUUUUAGACAGCGGCAGUCAAAGCAGUUUCCUCACGGAACAUUGUCGUAACAGGUUAGGGGUGACACGGGAUAAAUGCAGUGUAGCUGUGCAAGCUAUGGCCGGCCUACAGGUACCGCCGAUAAAAGCACGUACUCAAAUUAUCAUUAGACCCGUACGGCGUGACACGCCUCUCUUCACAGUUGAGACUUUCAUACUACCUCGCAUCACCGGACUCAUUCCGUCUGAACGCGUCGUGAAGACUGAGUGGGCGCAUAUACAGGGUCUGGACCUAGCCGAUCCCCGAUAUGACGAACCACUACCGAUAGACAUUCUCCUUGGAGCUGAUGUUUUUCCUUAUAUCAUAAGUGGAGAUCGACGAGAAGGUACCGUCAAUCAACCUGUGGCGCUUAAAACCGUGUUUGGAUGGGUGCUCAUGGGACGGUCAGCCCCAAAUCCGUCAAAUAGUACGACUUCACUUUUCGCGUCCAUAGACCCCAUCGACCAAAUACUGCGCAAGUUUUGGGAAAUUGAAGAGCUCCCUACGGCGGAAAAGACCAGUCCAGCAGAACAAAAAUGCGAAGAGAUCUAUCGUACCACUACUACUCGACAGGCGGAUGGUCGAUAUAUAGUACAUCUGCCAUUCACCCAGGAUCCACCUCCUAUUGGGGAAUCAUACCAUCUAGCACACACACGGCUCAUACAUCUGGAAUCUAGGCUUUCAAAAUCCACGGAGCAUAGACAGGAUUAUAACGGGGCCAUGCAAGAUUAUUUAGAUUCCGGACAUAUGAAUUAUGUAGACAACACUGAGGACAUUGAUAACACAUCUUUUUACAUACCACACCACGGUGUAGUGAAACCCGGAAGUUCGACUACCAAACUCCGUGUUGUUUACGAUGCGUCAGCCCUAUCUUCAAAUGGAAAAUCGCUAAAUGAUUACUUGUUUAUGGGGCCCAAACUUCAACAGGAUCUACCAGGAAUCAUUUUACGUUUUCGUUUGCACGCAGUAGUGUUCACCACCGAUAUCAAGCAGAUGUUCCGGCAGAUUUUUGUCACUCCAAAACAUAGACCAUACCAACGCCUUCUUUUCCGAUUCCAGCCCUCGGACCCUGUUCAGACGUACGAAAUGUCCACGGUUACAUUUGGCCAACGAUCAUCUCCAUUCCUUGCAAUUAGAACAUUACAUCAAUUAGCUGAGGAUGAAGCCAAAGCAUACCCUAAUGUGCAAAAGGUCAUAUAUCAAGACCUCUACGUGGACGAUGUCGUUACCGGAGCCGACUCGGAAGAAGAGGCUCUCAAACUCCAACAAGAGGUUAUAAAAGUAUUUGAGCGUGGGAAGUUCGAGCUCCGAAAGUGGUCCAGCAAUGCACCCGCAUUAUUAGAGGCCGUUCCGAUUGAACAUCGUAAAACCGAUAAUUUUACCUUCGAUGAACCGCAGUCAGAUUACACCAAGGUUCUCGGUCUAAAAUGGGAACCUAAUCUGGAUAUGUUGUCCUACCAAUACCGACCGAAUCCCGUGCGUUUUACCAAACGAGCUAUUCUUUCGGAGAUAGCCCGAAUUUAUGACCCCAUCGGCCUACUCACUCCAGUCAUUACCAAUCUCAAACGACUGAUGAAGUAUUUGUGGUCAAUUGGGGUGGGGUGGGAUGAGAGAAUACCUGACGAUGCCAUCGAUGCUUGGACACGUUACCACGAAGAAUUGCCACUAAUUGGAUCUAUUCGGAUACGGCGUCGAGCAACUACACCUGGAGCUACGUAUGAAAUCCACGGAUUUUGCGAUAGCUCAGAAAACGCUUACGCCGCCGCGGUAUAUCUUUUAGCGCGAGAACCAAAUGGCAUCAGUCACUGCCAACUGUUAAUGGGAAAGUCUAAGGUGGCUCCGGAAAAAAGACUUUCAAUUCCACGACUUGAGUUAUGUGGGGCGGUAUUACUUGCUCGCUGCCUGGAACAUAUCAGUACCAACCUAAAUGCCAUUCCAAUUGAAGCCACGACUGCAUGGUCCGAUUCAACCGUAGUCUUGGCUUGGAUUCAGACACCUACAGCAAAACUCAAGACGUUUGUGGCAAAUCGAGUUGCCAAAAUUCAGCACAUGACGUCCCCGAAGAUUUGGAGACACGUACCUACAGCACAUAACCCUGCAGACUGUGCGUCCCGAGGCGUAACCCCAAAAGAGCUAGUGGACCAUCAGAUUUGGUGGGGCGGUUCAGUAUUUCUCACCCAACCAACAAAUACCUGGCCUCCGGUGACACCUACCACGUGUCUGGAUAAGAUGGAACAUCAAGUCGAGGAGAAACAGCUUGCUCUUUUAAUCACUAAGCCCGUAGAGGAAUGUCAACUAUUGUAUGCAUCAGCAGAACUUCCGAAAGUUCUACGUCUCACCGCCUAUUGGUUACGAUUUAGAAGAAAUCUGUCACACCAACCCAUCUCCUUUGAUCAUUCCAAACCACCAGGAGCAAAGGAAAAGGAGGAAGCAUUGCACGCCCUAAUCCGAUGGGUCCAAAAGGUACAUUUCGCAGAGGAUUUGAAACGUCUCACGUCAGGAGAGCCCUGUACCCAUAAACUGCUAUUACUUGGAACUUAUCUAGAUUCGGAAGAGGGUCUUCUCAGGGUGGGCGGUCGCCUCCGGUCCUCUGACCUUCCAUAUGAGACAAAGCAUCCCAUCCUGUUACCAAAACAAUCUCCAUUAACUGUCCUACUCAUUGAUUACAUCCACCGCCUGCAUUGUCAUCCUGGGGCGCAAACCACCCAAAAUAUUUUGCACCAAAAGUUUUGGAUAAUAGCGGCCCGAGGCGCCAUUCGUAAACAUCUCCGCCAGUGCAUACCCUGUUUCCGCACCAGACCAAAACCGAUGCAACCGAGCAUGGGAGAUUUACCCCGACCACGACUAGUCGGAACUAAGGUUUUUACACAUGUAGGAGUGGAUUUCGCCGGACCGUUUUUGGUAAAGGCUGCCUUACUCCGACGUGUACAGACAACCAAGGGUUAUUUAUGUAUUUUCGUUUGCAUGGCCACUCGAGCAGUACACUUAGAGCUGGUAAGUGAUUUAUCUACAACACUCUUCCUGGCCGCUCUUAACCGCUUCGUCAGUCGCCGUGGUAGAUGCACCGAUCUGUACAGUGAUUGCGGAACUAAUUUUGUAGGAGCGAAAAACUACAUGGAAGACGUCAAGCGGCUCCUCAGCUCCUCCGAAAUAACCGCGGGUAUAAGCAAUGUGCACAUCCAAUGGCACCUGAAUCCCCCAGCUGCUCCGCAUAUGGGCGGGCUGUGGGAAGCGGCCGUUAAAUCCGCCAAGACCCUGUUACACCGUACAAUUCAGGAACAGGUAUUGACUUAUGAAGAACUGAACACCGUUUUCCACCGCAUAGAAGCAAUUCUCAAUUCACGGCCAUUAGGAGCUAUGUCGUCAGAUCCAAACGAUCUUCAAACCCUCACUGCCGGACAUUUUCUCACGAUGGAACCCCUUGUAACUGUCCCAGUCCCAGAUCCACUACACCCGGGACCUAGACUUACGUUACAACAACGAUGGACACUUGUGCAACACAUACAAAAACAUUUCUGGGAUCGAUGGUCAAAAGAAUAUCUGCACACAAUUUCAGUUCGCUCAAAAUGGGGCAAAGACCAAUGCAAUCUUGAACCUGGGGACCUAGUAAUUAUAAAAGAGCCGACACCACCUCUUACCUGGAAGACUGCACGGGUGAUGGAAGUACACCCAGGAGAGGAUAAGAUUGUACGCGUUGCUACAGUUCGAACUGCAAAUCGAACGGUGAUCAAACGUCCGGUGGUAAAAUUGUGUCGCUUACCACUCGUAUUGUGA